GAUGAGAAAUCAGUUGACACGGACGGGCUGGUUGAGGCGCGGUGAGGACGACACGCAGUCGUAUUUCGAAGAACUUUGCUCGCUCUUCUCCAGAUUUAUUGGAAAAGAAAAUCGCUUGAUAAUCCGAUCAUUUCGACAAACGAUGGAUACAGACACCAUGGUUAAUCUACGGUCUCCAGAAGAGUCGCUGAUUCGGAUUGCCUGGCAUUAAGUAGUUGAUCAAAACUGUCUUGACUGCCAGGAUUAUUUAUGCAACGCCGUGACGGAAAAAAUUAUCUCGCGAAUCGUAAAGUUAAAACAGCACGUUUUUGGACAAUAGAAGACACGGAGAAGGAAAAGAUAGACUUUUGUGACACGAGGGACGAGUAACAAUCGUCCGUUUUUCUUCUGUGUGGAGAAAGUGUGAGCUAGCUUUAGCUGGUCAGCUAACGUUAGCUGGUCCGCACGUCGCCGGCUAGGGAUUUGCGCCCAAAGCCGGUGAAGAGGCGACAAAAAGUGCCAACGAAGCUGAGAGGACCUCGUAGCCGAGGAGACAAUGCUUGAGAUAAUGUCUGAGCACCAGGAUUCAUUCAAGUGCAAAACAGAGCCCCUGCCACCUGAGAGAAGGAAGAGAACAGUGGAGGACUUCAACAAGUUCUGUAGUUUUGUUUUGGCCUAUGCUGGCUACAUCCCUUCUCCAAAAGAGGAAAGACCAUGGUCUCCGGCCUCCUCCAGUUCUCCGCACAGCUCUGGUGCCUCAGGUGAAAGUGGGGUAGGAGGUGGUGCCAGCUCGAAUAUGGCUGCAGACUGGGGAGACGGCAACUCAGACCUCCACACCAUUCACACCUUUGUGCGCAAAGCCCGCGCCAACAAGGGCGUCAAGAGCAUGCGUCGCCUGCCCUCUGACAGCACGCUGCUGGACAAAAUGAGACUAAAGGACCCCUUUUACAAGGGUCAGACAGCCAACAAAGCUGAACGUAAGAAGGACAAGAAGCUGAAGCGACUUUCUCUUGGCUCAGGUGCAGGAGAUAGCAGCAGUAGUGGCGGCGAGAAGCGCGCCAGGAUCAAACGCAGCAAAAACCCCAAGCAGCCCAAAGCCCUUAAGAAGCUUAAGAACUCUGCACCCAGUGAAACAGACUCUGAGACUGGCCUUGGCCAGGGAGAGGAGCAUUCAGACCGGGGAACACUGCCGGUGCUUGAGCUGCAGGACCAGGAAUCCAGCUUGGUAAAGGCUGAGAGGGAGGAGGCAACAAGAGAGGCAGAUUUGAGCUCCAGUGAAGGGGAGACAUGGAUAGCGGAUGAAGAUAUCAUGGUGGAGUCAGGUGACGACUCGUGGGACUUGAUCACCUGCUACUGUGGGAAACCCUUCGCUGGACGGCCGAUGAUCGAGUGCAACCACUGCAGCAUAUGGGUGCAUCUCUCCUGUGCGAAAAUCAAGAAGUCCAACGUACCCGACAUCUUCUACUGCCACAAAUGCAGGGAUGCACGACGGUUGAGCCAUAAAAAAGACCCUUAGAGAAAAUGCCCACUCUGAAAGAAAGCCCUGAAUGUUCCCGUCCUUCACCUUUUUUAUCCCAUGUGAGAACAACACACUGUUUUUGAGGAAGAGUUUUUUUCUGCAGUCAGUGUUGCUGGUUUGUGUCCCUUCCACACGUCAAAGAAUUAUUUACAUAUUUGACAAUCAUAAAUAUUCAAAUCAACAGAUUAAUUCCUCCAUGUUCACAGGAAAACUUUUUAAGCAGCUUUGCAUACUACAGUCUGAUUGACACAUUAAAACAGACAACUUUUAUUUAUAACAGUCUCCUAAUAACAGAGCGUAAAGAAGGUAAACAGUGAGUUUUGCCUGUCCACAUGUAGAAACUAUCCAUGUACAGGUUAUUACUUUAUUUACUUCAUCACUAUUAGUAUGAAUGUUUGGUCUCAAUAUAGUUUUAAAUCUGUUUAAAAUAAUUUCGAUAUGCAUUGCGAGAUAUUAACGCUAGGCAUUACGUAAAUGUCUGUAGGUUACUGGCGCUUUUUUGUCUGUGUAUGAUUUUUCAGCAGCACCAUGGCAAUCCUUUCAUUAACUAGCACUUAGCUGUCAACUCCAGUUCUCACUCUGUGCUCAAUACAGAGAAUGUUAUUUGUUAAAUUUGUUUUAUCAAGCUAAUUUCAGACACUCAAUUCUACUGUUUUUUUCUGUUUCUUUUUCUUUUUGUCUUUUGUUUCUUCUUUCAUGGGCUUCAUUCAACCAGUUAUCUUUCAAAUUGGAAUAUUUAUCUUUCUCCACUCCCCAUUCUCCUGCAUAGAGUGAGCAGUUUAACGUUGUGCGUUAAAUAUUUCAUUUUGAUUUACUUUUCAAAGAAAGUUUAAAUUUUGUGAGACUUUCGAGUGGAUGGUGUAUGGCAGGAGCUUUGCAGCAGCCCAAUGGUUGUUAAAGCUCCGUUAACACAAAGUUAAUAGUUGUAAUUACAAUUUGUUCAUUUAUUGUUAAAAAAGCUAAAUGAGCUUUUAAUAAUAUCUUGUCUGAGAACUGGUUAAGAUUGCACCCACACCAUUAGGCAUUGGGUAACUUCCAUGACAAGCUGUUAUUAGGAAGUAGCUUGAAGAACUGCUCUCUUUUUGUUGUGUACAGAAGAGUUUAUGCUGCAAAUGUUGUGGCAUUCCCACCCCCCUUUCUGGCGUUUGCUUUCUCUUUGGUUGGUUGGUGAGGUGGGGGUCUCUUGAAAUCCCCAAAAGGUAGACUCUCACCCCCACCUCUCCUAUUUUACUCUGUAAAUAUCAUAUCCUUUGAGAACUGUACAUAUAUGAAAGCGAAGAGAAAAGCCAAGCAAAUGUUAUAUUUUUGGCAUCUGAUGUUUUCUUUAACUGUACCUGAAGAAAUAAAACCUUUUCUUUAUUGGGGAUCCUA